UGUUUCUCUCUAUGCAGAGCGUAGAUGUUGAGUUUUGAUUUUAAAUCCUUUUGAUAGUUGAUUAUUUGGAAUAUAAAAUGACAAGACGGAGCCAUGUUAAAAAGUUGGAUUUAUAUUUUACCUGGAUUGAUAUUUAUUUCUGGUGUUAAUUCAGAUCAAGUAACAUUGUUGACAACGGAGGGAGUGACAACCAAUUUAAACUGGCGAGUUGAAAACAUAAAUGAACUACCUGGGUUCAAUGGGUGGGAUGAUCUCAGCAUCUUAUACAAGGAUGAAAUAGUUCGGGGAUAUCAAGUUUGUCAAAUAAAUAUCGAUCAAAAUGUGAAAGAAAAACCUCAAACAUGGCUUCUCUUACCUGGCGUUGAAAUAAAUGCGGCACCAAGAAUAUUCAUUGAAAUGAAUUUUACUAUGAGAGAAUGCAGUGAUUUAGAAAAGACAUGCAGAGAAACAUUCUCUGUUUAUUACCGGUUGACUGAAGGAAAUUUGCAGAGUGAAUCUGAUUAUAAGUUUAAACCUCUUGAUUAUAAAAAGAUUGACACAGUUGCUGCUGAGGUGCGAUUUUCCACAACCUCAUGGAAUUCGUUGAUCAACAGUGAGACAGUCAGCAUCAGCCUGAAAAAUUCUACCAAAAACACAGCACUUCAUAUAGCAAUAAUGGAUGCAGGCGCCUGUAUAUCAUUGAUGGGGGUCAGAAUCUAUCAUAAAGUUUGCAGAAGAACAACUGCUGGUUUUGCAUAUUUUCAAGAAACAAAAACUGGCAUUAGUGAUACUUCUCUUGUACCUGUCACUGGAAGAUGUGUUUCAAAUUCAAUUUAUCCUGAACCUGGCUUGCCAUUACCUGACAUUGUUUUGCCGUCUGCGACCCUUCAACCUGUUUCAGACGAACUGAUUGGUCCACUGUAUCAUUGUACCAGCUCUGGUGAUUGGCAAGUUCAAACCGGAUCAUGCCAGUGUAAACCAGGUUAUCAACCAGAUUUAUCCAGAACAAAAUGUGAGCCUUGUACAAGUGGAAUGCAUAAGCCAUUGAUAGGGAAUCACAACUGUACAAUAUGUCCUGUCCAUUCAAACACAGCAAAACAAGGAGAAAUGACUUGCCAGUGUGAUUCAGGUUAUUUUACAGUGGAACUUGAUGAGGAAAAGGUCGAAGAUGAACCAAGCCUAUUACUUCCAAGCAUCACACUAAGUGCAAAAGAAUGUGAUUUAUGUUCAAAGUUACCAUCUUCACCAAAUAAUUUGAAAAUACAUCAACAGGAUCCAAACAAUCCAGGUUUCAUUGAAGUUUCAUGGAAGGCCCCAACAAACGAUGGAGGAUGUUACAAUGUACAGUACUGUGUGUUAUGUCAAUUCAACUCAAUGCAGCAAAACAAUUCAGCUGAAGCUCUUGAUUGCGAUCAUCUCAACUUCCAUCCUUCACAAUGUUAUAUUAACAAUCUCAAGGUCACGACAACUGGACUUAGAGGUCACACAUCCUACAAUUUCACUGUGGUCUCCUUCACUCUCGCCACAAAACAAAAGUUCCCAAAUUUGAUAGAAAAUUUUUAUGAAAACCAAAAAAGUAAAAGAGCAAAUACAUCUAACAGAAUUGUUCAUAUAGACACACAGAAACUGCAUUCCUUGCUUGAUUCCUCAUCAAGUUCGAUAGUUUAUAAGACAGGCGAUACACUGCCAUCCAGUGUUCAAAAUCCAAUGAUUACGAUGGAAAACCAAACUGCAGUUGCAUUGAAAUGGAUCGAACCAAAAUAUCCAAACGGUGUUAUUCUCUUUUAUAAGGUCAAAUAUGCACUUGUUAAUGAAAUCAAAGAUUCUUCUGAGAAGCCAUCUAAUGUUCCAGCUCAAUUUGUUUCACAUAAAUAUACUUGGGAAGAAGACAUCGUCAAUGAAACAUAUGUUUUACUCACCGAUUUAUAUCCGGGAUCAAUCUAUGAGAUCAUAAUCACUGUUCAUAAUUCUGCUGGAUCAGACAACGGGAGCAAUCCACUUCUUGCUUACACAGUUUCAUUUGAUGAUUCAGCGAAUAAUCAACCAACAAACACUGGAAACUUUCCUUAUUUAAUCGCCACUAUUGUCAUUGCUGCAUUGGUUUUCAUAAUUUGUCUUAUUUUAAUACUUCAAUGGAAAUGUCGAUCAAAUAACAAGAAACUUGAAAACAAGAACGGAUUUACUGAGCAACAAACUGAAUUCAGACCUUACAAUUCACAUCAUGAAGCAAUGGACCAACGUACAUACAUAGAUCCAUACUCCAUAGAUGCCAUAUCUCCUCAUCGAUUUCUAUGCGAGACAUCAGUAGAAUCAAUAUCAUGUGGCCAAGUUAUCGGCUGCGGAGAAUUUGGUGAAGUUUAUAAAGGAACUCUUGCAACUAUUGAUUUGAAAACAGGACAAGAAACCACAAUAGAUGUUGCAGUGAAACAACUGAGAGAUCAAUGUGAACCACAAGAACAGAUAAACUUUCUCCGUGAAGCAAUGUCGCUUGAAAAAUUUCGUCAUCCGAAUAUUGUACACUUGGAGGCAGUAGUGACCCAAAGUCGUCCCUUUUUCAUCGUUACUGAGUUGAUGGACCAUGGUAGUUUACACGGCUUCUUAACAAGCAUCAAAGAAAAGACGAUGUCCAAGUCUAAUGGUCAUGAUUGGAGUCUCCCUAUUUCACACCGUAAAAUAGCAGAAAUGUUGAAAGGUGUUGCAAGCGGAAUGGAAUACUUGAGUGGAAGAGGAUUUGUUCAUAGAGAUCUUGCGGCGAGAAAUGUUCUCAUCAAUUCAGACCUUGUGUGUAAGGUUGCUGAUUUUGGCCUGAUGAGGGAGGUAGAGAAUAAUGAUUCUGAAAGUGGGAGUAAUGGAAGUGGAACAUACACAACUCGGGGAGGAAAAAUUGCAAUCAAAUGGACUGCCCCUGAAGCUGUGGCGUUUCGUACAUUCACUCAGUUCUCGGAUGUUUGGAGCUUCGGCAUCCUUAUGUGGGAGGCAUCAAGUUUUGGUGAAUCACCGUACUGGGAUAUGACAAACCAUGAAGUUAUUAAAGUUGUCAAUGAUGGAAUGAGAUUGCCUGCUCCAGAAAAAUGUCCGUCGGUUUUCCAUCAACUAAUGUUAGAAUGUUGGCAGAGAGAUCAUCAUAAACGUCCAACAUUUACAAAAAUCCUCACAAGAUUCAAUGAAAUGCUUUCUGAUCUGGAAUCAUUAGAAGUUCCAGCCAGUCCUGCAAGUUGUGGGAUGCAAGAAAUGUUUUUCGGCGAAAAUGAAGACGUUACAAUAGUAGAUGUUAAUGAUCCACCUACUGAAACUAAUAAUGAUGAUGACGAUGCCGCUCAAAUCUCUGAUAAUGAAGACCAAGAAGCAGAACCUUUGUUAACCACAGUUAUGGUGGAUAGACACAAUGUACAAUAUGGACCAGCCAAUCAGGAGCCACGAAACAAUUUCAAAUCAACCAAUGAGGAUGAAGAAGGAACAGGGUCUGAGGUCAGCUCAUGCACAAGUACAAUAUGUGCGAGUGAAAUAACAGUCUGUGCAGCAAACGGUGUCGCAGUUUAUGUUCCAUUAGUACGAUCAGAUUCUGAUGAAAUUAGACCGAGUACACUUAGUGGAUAUUACCCCAUUCAAGCAUAAUUUAUAUAUCACAAAAAAAAAUUGAUUAUUCUUUUAUUACAUCGGUUGCACAGUGUUUUUAAAUUACUUAAAUCAUAGUAAAUUCUUAUAUUUACAUGUAAGCAUCCUAUUAUGAACCAUGUGAUAUUCUCCACUUUGAAAUCUCAGUCAGUUUGAUCCAAUAAAUAUUCGACUUCAUUUUACAUUUAAUGCCUGGUAGGGCCAACCAAAAAGCUUUGGUUUAAAAUGUAAUACUGCAGACAAUGACAAAAAUUCAUUUUUUUUCUAAAUAUGAAUGAUGUAAAAAUUUUAGUAGUGUAAUUUGCUAUAUUUAUUAAGUAUAUCUUGCUUAUAACUUAUUUUUAUAUAUGUUUCAUUAAUUAUGAUAAUUCAAACAGUUUAUAGAAGAAUUCCUGAAGAAUUUUUCUGUCCCUAGUAGCCGACCAAGAUUGAGAUUGAGCAAAUUUAUGUAAAUUCACUUUUCGAGGGUGAAACUCAACCAAAAUAUGGUUUUUGAAAUCUCGCAUUUUUACCCCAUUUUCUCAAUUCCUGAAUAGUCAUGGAUAAGUGAAGAGUUAAAGCAUUCAAAUUUUUCUUUUUACUUAUUCCCUCGGUGUCCUAUGUUUAUACAUUCUGAACACUCACCUUUUUCAUUUAGGCUUCCAUUCUUUGGUGUCUCCUUCAUUAUAAAAUCCACAGUCUUCCUUUUCAUAUGCUUGAAAUAUUUUUCAUAUACAUUUUUUAUUAUUUACCUCAUAUCAUUCCUGUCUCUCCCUCUUCAUGAUGGUGUUGUUUUUUACAUUUUUAUCUUUUCUUCAAUCAUAAAAUCUUGAGAAAUCUUCCUCAACUUAGAUAUGAAUUUUACAAAUGAUUGAAUAAACUAACUUUUCAAUGUUUCAAACUAUAACAUAGCAGAUAAUAAUUUGACUGAAAAAUGAAGUGUUUUGAAUUGUAUGAAAUUGAAAUCUGUUUUCCAUGUAUUCAGAAUACAGGAAUUUUUAUAUAAAUGUGAUUUUGGACAUUUCAUAUUUAUUUUAGUCUCAAAUAUCCUAUCGGCUAUAAUUUCACAGAUUCUACAAAAUUCAUAAAGUUUACACACACCAAUACAGAAUAUGCAAAAACAAUAGGAGUCGUAAUUUAAAAUGUCCUGAUUUUUAUAUUCAACAAGUGUUAAAACACCCCUUUUUUGUAAAGUUGCAUUUCAUUCGUGUUUGAUCAAAGCAUUGUUGAAUAUCAACUUACCGUAUAUUAUGUUUGUCAGAUUGUGUAUUUAAAUAUUUUUUAUUAGAAACAAUCAAAGGUGUUGAACAAAUAUGAACCCAUUUGAAGAUGUACAUUGGUCUUGCCAAUAUUUCAUAUCAGCAUAUGCUUUUUAGCCAUUUCUACGUAAGGUGCUCCAGGAAAUCGAACUAAAAUACACUAAAAAAAUUAUAUAUAUCAGAGAUCCAAGAGUAAAAAAUUUCGAAAUAUUCAAUAUGUAUGUCGCCCAGACAAACCUUACAUUAAUAUAUAUAUAUACCUGUAUUUAUUUUCUACUAGUUUAAUAACUCUUUUGAAAUGGAAAUGCAAUAAUGGAAUAAUCUUUUAUACAUUUUGAUCUCUUUUCAAUGAAACAACUCUCUAAUAGUAAGUGCAUGGUACGAAUAAAAGUCUUCUGUAUACUUCACCAACUUUUUUCAUUGAUGUCCUGUAUUUUUGUAUUUGAAAAAAUUGCACAUUAUAUAUUUUUUUUGAUCACGGUGCUGUACUUUUGCCAAUCACACGACUUCAUUUUUUAUUUUUUGUCAUAAUUUUAUUAUUUUACCAACUAUUCUGAACAAGAAAUUAUAUAUUCUGUUCCCUGUUGUAAGUUUUCCGCAUUUUUGAUGACAUUAUGGAUUGUAAUAAAAUUCAAUUUCUAUUCGUGA